AUGGCUCUUCUGGUAGAUGGGAACCACACUGCAGUGACAGAAUUCAUUUUACUUGGCUUAACAGAUGACCCAGUCCUUCGAGCCAUCCUCUUCAUCAUCAUCCUGAGCAUCUACUUGGUGACCCUGUCUGGAAACCUUAGCACAAUCUUUCUAAUCAGAGUCUCUCUUCAACUCCAUCACCCCAUGUACUUUUUUCUGAGCCAUUUGGCUUCUGCUGACAUUGGCUAUUCAUCUUCUGUCACACCCAGUAUGCUAGUUAACUUUCUAGUAGAGAGAAAUACCAUUUCCUACCUUGGGUGUGGCACGCAGCUUGGCUCAGGUGCUUUCUUUGGGACAGUUGAGUGCUUCCUUCUGGCUGCCAUGGCUUAUGAUCUCUUUGAGGCAAUCUGUACCCCAUUGCUUUAUUCAUCAAAAAUGUCCACACGAGUCUGUGUCCAGUUGCUUGUGGGAGUUUAUGUAGGUGGAUUUCUUAAUGCUUCCUCCUACACCUUUUCCUUCUCUUUACGCUUCUGUGGCCCGAACACAAUCAAUCAUUUUUUCUGUGAUUUUACUCCUUUAAUUGAACUCUCCUGUUCUGAUAAUAGUGUCUGUGUAUUUGUUAACACUAUUUCUGUUGGCUCAGUAGUUGUAGUGACAGUGUCUGUCAUAGCUGUCUCCUACAUCUACAUCCUCAUCACCAUCCUGAAGAUGCCCUCCACUGAGGGCCGCAGCAAAGCCUUCUCCACUUGCACCUCCCACCUCACUACUGUCAGUUUGUUCUAUGGGACUGUGACAUUCAUUUAUGUGAUGCCCAAAUCCAGCUAUUUCACUGACCAGAACAAGGUAGUGUCUGUGUUUUACAUAGUGGUGAUCCCUAUGUUGAACCCCCUCAUCUACAGUCUCAGAAAUAAUGAGAUUAAAGGUGCUUUGAAGAGAAAUCUUUGGAGGAAAAUAUUUUCUUAG